GCCACCUUAGUUUUCUCUGUACACUCUGUAAUCACCCGCCAAAACUUCCCUCUGUGCUAAUCUCCGGCGACGAUUUUCCAUGGAUGAUUACGGUAACUCCCUGCAUUGGAGACGUUCAGUCGUUGAUUCGCCGUUGAGCGGCAAAGAAUCGCCGGUAUUCGGUCUAGCGGCGGCGCGCCCCGGUGAAGACUUUCAAUUUGCAGCUGAUAAUUCAUUCGGCUGUUCGUUUUCGUCUCCGCUUGAUUGGAACGAUGAACAGUUAAGAGAUUUAAUGGAGGGUGACAAUGGUGAUAGUGGGGAUCAUGUUGUUCCAUAUCCGUUUCAAAGUGAGAGAAAUGUUCCAUCUGCAGAGGGAGAAGUCAUCAUAAAUCAAAAUGAUGCAAAAGCUUCAAAUCUCAAACCUGCUGACAGGAAGAAAACAUUUGAUUUACAUAACACUAAGCAUGCUGCAAAUGAAGCUCUUCCUGCAUCCGCGUUCAUGGACUCAUGGCCCGAUCUUUACAUGUCAAAAACCGACCAGGAUUUAUCGUCUGCUUUAGAAUCUGACAAUGCAGCAGGAACUCUUGAUGGAACAGGUGAACUGGACUCUGAUUCGGGGUUUUUCCAGAAGCGGGAUGGGAACGCAUCUAAUAUGGAAAUUCUUGAUGAUCUUGAUAUGAUCCUUAGCAAUUAUAAUCCAGAUUUUUGCCAGACAAGCCUUCCGAGUACUCAGCUAUUACACAACCAGCUUUCGACCAGAGGCUGUGAAAACAUGAAUGAUUUCAUCACACCAAAUAUUUCUUCACAGGCAUUUCCUGAACCCUUUAUAAAGGAAAAGAUAGCUUUGGAGAGUGGCGGGAAAGCACCAGCAUUCAGUAUGGAGCUUGAUACUGGUUUUGCUGCAAUGCCUGAUUCAUCCUUGGACGAAGUAUUCUUGGAAGCUCAUUCUAAAUCAAAAGAAGAUCACGAAGCUAAUCAGUUGCAGGAUUUAUUCAGAUACCAGCCAAUUUCCUUUGAUAAACUUAACAGUCACUAUAUAUCAAUGAACCAACCUUGUCCAUCUGUCGCCUUUCCUCAACCAGUGCAGUCUCGCUAUAAUUCCAAGUCUACCCCAUAUCCAUCUGUUGUCCAUCCUCAGCCAAUGCAGCUUCACUACAAUACUGGGUCUAUGCCAUAUCCAGGUUCUGAGUUGGCUUCUUCUGUAUCCAUGGACUUUGCUAGCCAGUAUAGCAUGCCUGGUUUGUCACAGUUCCGUGAUAAACAAGUUUACCAACAAUCAGUCCCUUGCAGCAGUUAUGUCUCUGCUCCUUACCGUUCAAAUGCUAUAAAGAUGUCAUCAGGUAGACCCAUAGAAAGUUUGGCAAUGACCCCAAUGACGAGAGUUGAAAAUUUAAGGAAACAGCAACAGAUGAGACCAAUGGUCGCAAUCCAGAAGCUGCAAACCACAGACCAUUCUGUGGUGGCACAUGGGAAUUUCUUUGUCGAAGGAAAGUCACAAUUAGAACGGAAUGAUUCUAAUAUUGCUAGAAUGGCAGUUGAUGAUCAUCCAGUGAAGGACCCAAUACUUUAUCAGCUUCUGGAAAUCAUCCAAAAGUUGGAUACCCGCGUGAAAGUCAAUAUUCGAGACAGCUUCUUUCGACUUGCUCAGAAUGCCGAACAGAGGCAGUAUGCUAACAACACAAGCGGCAUGAACACGGACAGCAACGCAUCAAUUGUCAACAAGGAAGACAUCAACAAUAAAGUGGAGACUGAAACAAAUCUAAUAGACCGUGGUGUUGCUCAUUUGCUGUUUCAUCAACAGUUAUCUGAAGAGUUCUAUUAUGAAGGCAACCCAUCUAGUUCAUUGAGCUUUGCCAGGUAAGGCGUACCCCAGAGCUAUGAAAUCUCUCCCCCUUGUAGCUUCCUCUGUGAAAAGGCAAGAACCCAAGAAUGGCCUGUGCUUAGAGACUUCCAAUAUGCAUCAGACAAUGAAACUGCAGAUGGUGGAGUAUUGGGAUUGAAUCCUCUUGAUGAAGCUAUCAUAUUUCCCAGUUUAUCCAAAUACGGUAACUGGCUUCUCUUCAUUGCUGACAGAUUUCUGUAGUAAUGAAAAGCUCCUCUUACAUCGCCAACCGACUAGACAACACUCAUGCAUGAUCAUAGAAGAAAAAGACGAAAUGAGCAGACUCAUUAAGUACAAAGCAACUAUUAGGCUAUUUUAAACCAUCAAUAAGCUGUCUUGACAAUUACAGAGAGUCAUUUUGGACAGUCUUCAUACAUAUGUAUUUCCCAUUUAAAUUUGUUGUUGUCAGGAAGGGACAAUAACAGGUUUUCUCUAUGAAAAUGAUGAUAAGAGUUUACUGUUGUAACCACAGAAGAUGGCGUCAUCACACAACACAACGAUAAGUGACAGCUGAACCAGUUGGAGGGACUUGGUGAGUAAACAUCACCACCUGACCCUUCUUAAGCCCAGAGUACCUUGCAAUUGCAUCAGUUUGAUACAUCCUAGGCAUCUGAACAUAACAUAGAAACCACGCUUCAGAACUAUAUACCAGUAAUAGAGAGAGAGAGAGAGGGAUUAUUGUAAGCAUCACUUGGUAUGAGCUAAAACCUGAUUCUCUUCAAUGUUGUAUGCCUUCAGGAGCUUUGUCUUCUCCUCAGCAGUCAAUAUCUCAUGCUCUGGCUGCGCGAUGUGCUUCGUGACAUUGAUCAGCAAGUCAGUAAUCUAAACAAACAGGAUAGUUGAUCAGAAAACAGAUAUGAAGGAGCAGUGUAGUGAAGAUUAGUAUCAACCCUCCUUAAUCUCUUGUAGACCAACCCAAUCAUUUAUUGUACAUAGUAUAGCAAUGGGUCAAACUUUCAAAGGUUGGUCAGUGCACACAAUCCUUGUCUAUAAUUUGGCUUCUUAAAGUCAUAUUAGUCAUACCUAAUGUUCAACUUCAGUCAAACACAGUUUUCAUUUGUUUGUACAUAGGCGUUUUAAGUCCAAUUUUAUAUGAAGCAUUACCAUCUUUGUCUAUAAGCA